AUGGAUGCCUUCAAUUUUCCAACAAUCACAGUCUCAGAUAUAACCCAUUUCAUUCACCUCCAUUCUUUCCCUACAAUUCUUUCCAUCAUCCUCUCCGCCAUUGUUCUAAUUGCUGUUCUCUCUCUCCAUAGAUCUCAAAACCAGUCCUCCCUAAAACUCCCCCCUGGUAACUUAGGUUUCCCUCUGAUUGGAGAGACAAGACAAUUUUUGAAGGCUCUUCGAUCAGAAACACCACAAGAGUUUUUCGAUGAGAGAGAGAAGAAAUUCGGGCCUGUUUUCAAGACAAAUAUAAGUGGGCAUCCCACAGUAGUACUAUGUGGGCCGGCAGGAAACCGUCUGAUUCUAUCAAACGAAGGGAAGCUGGUGCAGGCGUCAUGGCCAGAAUCUUUCGUGAGGCUGUUUGGGAAGGAUUCAAUCGGCUCCAAAAGUGGAGAGGAGCACCGCAACAUACGUUCUGCAAUGGUCCGAUUUCUGAAUCCUCAAGCAUUACAGAGAUAUAUGCCCAAAAUGAGCCUAGAAAUCCAACGCCAUAUCAAUGAUAAAUGGGUGGGGCAAACCCAAGUGAAGAUGCUUCCUCUGGUGAGGGAACUCGUCUUUGCCAUUGGGACUGCUUUGUUUUUUGAUUUACGUGAUGAGAGAGUGAGAAAACAGAUUUAUCAUCUUAUGGAAAGUGUUCUUCUGGGUAGUAUAUCUGUUCCUCUGGACUUUCCAGGAACUCGUUAUCAUAGAGCCCUUGAGGCAAGAUCCAAGAUUGAUGAAAUUCUCUAUUCUUUAAUAGAGAAGAGAAGGACCAUGUUGAGUUCAGGAAUGGCGUCUAGUGAUGAUGAUCUGCUGUCCAUCUUGCUUACGUUUAGAGAUGAAAGAGGGAAUUCAUUCACAGAGAAGGAGAUCCUUGACAACUUCCAUGGGAUGCUUCAUGCAUCGUAUGGAACCACAGUUUCGACUAUGACUUUGCUAUUUAAACUCUUGUCUUCCAAUCCGGAGUGCUAUGAAAAGGUUGUUCAAGAACAAAUGGGUAUUCUUUCAAAUAAGAGGGAUGGAGAAGAAAUCAGCUGGAAAGAUCUCAAGGAAAUGAAAUAUACCUGGCAAACUAUUCAAGAAACAAUGCGCAUGUUUGCUCCAGGUUUUGGAGGAUUUCGCAUGGCUACCACUGAUAUUCAUUACGGGGGUUAUAUAAUUCCAAAAGGAUGGAAGCUUUUAUGGACAAGUUAUAGCACUAAUUUGAAAGAAGAGUACUUCAGUGAGGCAGAGAAAUUCAUGCCUUCACGAUUCAAUGAUGAGGGAAGGAAUGUUGCUCCCUACACAUUCUUACCCUUUUCUGCAGGCUUGCGAGUUUGCCCAGGAUGGGAAUUUUCAAAGAUAGAGGGGUUACUGUUCGUACAUCAUUUUGUUAAGACUUUUUCAAGCUAUACACCAAUUGAUCCAAACGAAAAAGUAACAUCAGAUCCAUUCCCUCCUCUCCCACGUAAUGGUUUUGCUAUAAAACUUUUUCCCAGAUCCUAA